AUGGAUACUGAUUUUGACAAUGCCUUUGUUGUGCACUGCGAUGGAGACAGACAGAUGCGAUUUGUUAAUUGUAAGGGUGUAUAUGUGCUGGAGCAACUUGGAGCGGAUGUCAAACCAGGUGCAAAAGAGACAAGUGCGAUGUAUCAUCGCCAGUUAAGCAGCGUAAAUAAACAACCCCAUUUUGAACUUUCUUCAAAACAUAAUGGAUAUGCUGGACUUGGGAUGACUGCGAAGAUGGCAACGGUUCAAAAGAACAAAGAAGGAUUCACUCCAAGACAAGUCAAGGCUGCAAUGGAAGUGAGAAGUGCGAUGCACAUACUCAAUGCUCCAAGCACCAAAAGUCUGAAGUAUGCAAUCCAAUCUGGUCUCAUCAAGAACUGUCCUAUCACUGAAGAAGCGAUCAAUCAUGCCGAAGCAAUCUUUGGACCUGACGCCUUCACAUUGAAAGGCAAGUCAACAAGACAACGACUUCUUCAGUCCACCAGAGGAAUUGUAUCAACAUAA